AUGAGGGCCGAAAGAUACGCAGUCCAACAUACCCUAACAACAAAAGCCGCUAUGAUUGUAAAACAAGCCCUUGGCCUCUGUAGACGGAGAGGCCAUGCUCAUGUCACACCUCUCCAUGUAGCAAGUGCCAUGCUCACAUCUCCAAGAGGUCUUCUUAGGAAGGCUUGCCUCAAAGUUAACUCUCACCCCCUUCAAUGCAACGCUCUCGAGCUUUGCUUCAACUUAGCCCUCAAUCGCCUCGCUACUUCUCAAUCCAGUCCUAUCAUAUUAAGUACAAAUCAAUCUCCCCACCCCUCUCUCUCCAAUGCUUUGGUGGCAGCCUUCAAGCGUGCUCUAGCUCUACAACGACGUGGUUCACUUGAGAACCAGCAACAACCCGUUUUAGCUCUUAAAGUAGAGGUAGAGCAGCUCACCAUAUCAAUACUAGAUGACCCUAGUGUAAGUCGAGUCAUGAGAGAAGCGGGAUUUUCUAGUACCCAAAUCAAAAACAGUAUUGAACAUGGUGUCUCCAUGGAGAUCUUUUCCCAAAGGCCUAUUGUGUAUUCUAUCCAAUCCAACCAAAAUAGUAAACCCAUAACACAAAACUUCCAAGCUAGUAGUAGUAAUGGAUCAAAACUCACACCCAGUGUCCGAAUUGAGGAUGUGAUGAGUGUUAUAGAUACGAUGAUGCAUACGAAAAGGAAAAACGUUAUUGUCAUAAGGGAGUGUUUGGUUAGUGCUUAUGACAUAGUUACAGGAGUUAUAGACAAGAUUGAGAGAGGAAAGAAUAUAGCUUUUCCUGGUAAUUUGAGGUUCGUACAGUUUGUAAGUCUUCCUUUGCAGUCAUUAAGUCAUCUUUCUAUGAAAGAAGUUGAGGAUAAGGUUACGGAGCUUAAUUAUCUAAUAAGAAGCAAUGUGGAGAGAGGAGUGGUCCUAUAUGUGGGUGAUAUCAAGUGGGUUUCUGAUUAUUGGUCUAAAUACUGUGAGGAAAGGCAAAAAACCUACUACUACUCCCCAAUGGAGCAAAUGAUCAUGGAACUUAGAAGGCUGAUGUGUGGUUUUCGGGAUAGUGGGAAGUUGUGGCUUAUGGGAAUAGCCAAUUCCGAAACUUACAUGAGCUGCAAAACUGGUCAUCCCUCCCUUGAGACUCUAUGGGAUCUUGUUGCGCAUACAACUCCUGUUGGUGACUUGGACCUUAACCUCAAUCUUAAUAGCAGAGAUUCACCAAAUGAGAGCAAAGAGUGUUCGAUCAACUUCACAAGAGAAGCUCGAAGCAUAGCAAGCUGUGCUCAUAACAAUGAGUCUAUUACUGCUACUACAACCUCCGGUUUAUCAUUAUGGCUCCAACAACACAAGGGGAAGAACUCGACGCAAGCCGUCAAUGAUCCGAAACAUGUCAAAGUUGGAAGCUUUUGCAAGAAAUGGAACACAAGUUGCAGUUCACUUCACAAACAGCCUCAUUUUCUUAACAAAACAUUCCACCAUUCUUCUCUUUCCUCCACGACUUCAACAAGCUUCUCAUCAGCAAAAUCCAACUCAAAAGAUGAUGAUCAAGAAUUAAUUAGUAACAAAAGGCCAAGAAGCGAACAUGGACAGAGUUAUAUAGAAAGGUUUGCAGAUGCCGUGCAAGAAAACGCUAGUCGUGUUUUCUUCAUGGAAGACGUGGACCAAGUUGAUAACCAGUCACAAAAGAAAGCAAUCGAGAGUGGGACAAUCUCAUUAACUUGUGGCACAUCAGUUCAUCUCAAGGAUGCCAUUGUUGUUCUUACUUGUGAAAGCUUCACGUCUGUUUCAAGACCAUGCCCUCCUAUGAGGCAAAACCAAAACGACAGCGCAUCUGCCAUGUUGGAUUUGAACGUUGAAGCCGAAAAUAUUGGGAUUUUGAAUUCAGUUGAUACACAUUAA